AUGUCGCUGGGCGUUGCUCUCCGGUCGGUUGUCUUCUACGUUGUCGCCUGCACACCAUGCACCAAGUUCCGCCAUCGCCAAAAAGCCCGAAAUGCCUCCAAAAAGGAACGCCUGGAAAAGGCCAUCAGGCUCGAGACGGAGCAGCCGGGCCGGUACCAGCACCCUUCACCCUUCACCACAAAUCCAUACUGGCAGGAAGAGAUUGAGAGAGGCCCAAGUCUGCCCAAGAAGUCCGCCAGCAAAAGCUCCAGCUCCCGCGGUCUCACUAGCGCUGGCCGUGACUCCUGCAGCCCCAGCGUUUCGGAACAAACCAACGUCGAAGAUAGCAGAACCAACGUUGACAGCAUGAGCAUCCUACGCGAAGAGGAAGACACCGUCCCCAGCGAUUGGAACCGCAAAAAAGGAUAUCAACGCGAAGAUGAAGAGGUAUGGGGCCAAUGGACAGCGCAGAAGUUGGUAGACGCCCUUAACAAGGCACGCAACUCGGCCGGUCGCUUGAUAGAGUCGACUCUCGGCCUUGAGAAAGAGGUUACGGACCAGGAGCGUCGUGCCUUCUACGCAACCCCCCGCAACCCUCCCGUCAAUGACUAUCACCCAGCCGUCAUCAGCAGCAGGCCUGCCAACCGAGACGGCAUCAAAUGGAUGCUUCAGCCGCCCCCACCCGCCAAAUUUAUGGAGGGGAAAACCCCCGUCAGCAGAGCUACCAGUUCCGCAAGCAAGUCGAGCGGACGUACCCUCGUCUCCGACGACCCCUUCCUCAGGAAAGUGGUCAAGGAGCAGCUGGCCAAGGAGAAGCUGGCCAAGGCACGCGCCGAACGCGCCGGCAAAGAUGCGGCCGUCCCCACCGAGUCGGAGCUGAUUGAGUCCAUCUUCCUUACUCGCACCAACCAAACCGCUACCCGCUGCCGAAGCCUGUCCUUUGAUGCCGACAUCGAAGAUAGAUCCACCGAGGCCUCAUCUAACGACUCUGGCUCCUGGGGGCCCAAAUCUACCGCCUGGGUUCCCAAAUCUCACCUUGCCCCCGUGCGCAUGCCCUACAGCAAGAAAUACUUCACCAAAGAUAACGGCAAGGAAUACGACCCGAACGACCCGAGCGAUGAAGAAUACCCUGCCAUAAACCCCGACGGUACCAUUACUUUUCAGAAGCCCAAGCUCGAGACCUUUCUUACCACGGAUGCCGGCCCUGCCGGCACCCAAGGUGGAUCGACCCAUAGGUCUCGACGCAGCAAGCUGCUGGCGAGUACGUUGGCCAAGUCCGAGACGUUCGUCAACUAUCGACGCAAGAGACUCGUCAAGCACAACAGAAAGAAGUUUAUGCUACAGUAUUUCCCUUCUGCUGUCGGCGACGACAGUGAUUACUGA